UGUUGCUGUUUUCCACGUGGUUGGCGAAUUCCUCUUCAUUUUUGAUAAUCUUGGUGGUUCAGCAGGAUUCAUCUUUAUUUCCACAGCUCAGCUGCUGCUGGGUCACACUACACCCAAGCAAAACAGCAGGGCGAUGCAGUGGUGGGGUGAAUUAUGAGCCGCUUCACUUCUUAUGAGGUCUGAAACCGGACCUCAUCCGAUCUCCAGAUGACAACCUCUAUAUUUGAUUUUUUUUUAAAAAACCUUCUCCUAAUCCAAUUUUAACGUGUUUGACGAGUUCUGAAGCCGCAUGGUGUCCGUUACUGUGAGGAAUUAGCCACACAGAAAUAAUUUUUGAAAGGUAUAUCGAUUGGAGGCGCAGGUCCCAUAUUACUUUGUCACAGUUGCCUGCUCGAGUCAAGGGAUCUCUUAACUCCAGUGCUUGUGUUUAUCAUCAAAGAAAUAUUGCUGAAGGCAAAAUGCAACAGCCGUCAGCUCCAAGCACCGUUGAUGCAGUAGAUGCAGCAGGACAGUUUGCAAAAAGAAGGAGGACAGCGCUUUGGUUCACAAUGGCUCUUCUUGUGCUGUCUCUUAUCAUUCUGGUGUCGGGCCUAGCAGCGGGCGCUUGCACAGGCAACGUGGAUGUGGCUGGUUAUUACCCAGGGAUCAUUCUCAGCUUCGGCUCUUUUCUGGCCCUCGUUGGGAUCAAUCUGGUGGAGAACAGAAGACCAAUGCUGGUGGCCUCGAUAAUUUUCAUCAGCAUAGGAGUGAUUGCCGCGUUCUUCUGUGCUAUUGUGGAUGGGGUCAUUGCAGCAGAAUUUAUUGAUAGAAGACCUCUGUCUGAAGGCAGAUGCCAGUUUUAUUCCAGUGGUUCAGGUUAUGCCUAUGACAACUAUCACACAGAGGUUUUAUGUUAUACCUUCAGCAGUAAGUGCAAGCUGAGGGUUAAGAGUAACACUUGUUACUGCUGUGACUUGUACAACUGCGAAAGCCCUGAGCGCUACUCAAAGUACUAUGAAUACACGGGAGUGAGCAGCUGCAUGGAUGCCAGUCACCUCUAUCGCCUUCUGUGGGCCUCCGUCGUGCUCAAUGUGCUGGGGCUUUUCCUUGGAAUUGUCACAGCCGCGAUACUCGGGGCGUUCAAAGACAUUAAGCCAGUGUCCCAGAUUAACUGCAGCUCUGCGCCUCCUCCUUCUCACAUUCUCUACAACCCUGCUCAACAAGUCUUAACCUAUGCUGGUUUCUGCCCCUCUAACCAAGCGCUUCCAGCCUACCCCAAUUACCCACUGCCAGUCCAGCAUCAGAGCAGUUUCCAAGCACCGUCUUCAGCAGACACCCCUCUUCCUGAUGACAGUCAGGCCCCCUCCAGCUACGUGCUUUCUCCCAACGCUCCAUCUCUGUACACGCCCCCCUAUAACCCUGGGGAUAAACCACCACCGUAUGCUUCCUGAGAACAUGCUUCAGUGUCUCUGUGAAGACCAGUAGAACACCACAUGCUACUAAGAACACACAGCGACUGCGUGCAGUGAUCACUCCACUUCAUGCACUGUGAGCAAACAGGACCAUUCCAACCUUCUGUUUUUAAUAUGGAUUUUAAGGCAAACAAGUUUCUUUAAAUUACUGUGAAGUCUGCAUGCUGCCGAUCAUGUGUUCAUUUUAAUCCCUUGUUUUUAAACAUGCAGGGGGUUUUCUCAAUGGAUCUGAUAACAGCCAGUUUAGAUUACAGAAUCAGGACCCUUUUAAACAUAUCUUUUCUCACAGUGACUGUUUGUAUUGAAUGCUUGCUUUUGCUUUUAGUUCAGUUGAAUAGACCUCACAGUAUCAAAAUGUAUUGUCCUCAACAAGCAAACAAAAUA